AAGGGCCCGGCGGGGGGCGGGGAGGGCGCUGCCCGCACGCGCCCCCGGCCUGGCGGCGGCUCCUCUCCCCCCGGUCCCGCCACCUGCGGGGCGGCCCCGCGACCCUCCGCGCGCAACCCCGCGCCGCCGCGGACAAAGGGCUGUGGGAGCGGGGCCGCAGCCCAGGGCUCUCCUCACUACGGCUGCACCUGCCGCAUCCUCGGGGCCUUCGGGCGUGUUUGCUUAGACACCGACCGCGACGUGCGGGAGCGCGGGGAGCGAGGACCCUCUGUCCGUUCCCCGUCGCACCUCGUACCCGAUGCGCAGCGUUUCGGGCUGAAACCGAGCGCCACCGUCGCCGUCCCUGCCUGUACCGGGAACUGGGCCUGACCCGUUCGGGUUAGAGUAACAGGUUCGGUCACCACGGGGCCGGGGCUGUGGCUCCGCUUGCCCUGACCCCGCAGCAGCACGGAGUUGUUCCGUUCGCAGGGUUGCUGGGCUCGGCCGGGCCCUUAUGACCUGUUCGUUAUUCCUCCCGCACGGACAGACCCGUCAUUGGCCACCUAUUGCCGCCGCUGGGCAGUACCCCCUGCGGGCAUCCCCUCUGUGCCGCCGCUGCCACAAGCGCCACUUUCGCCUCUUCGUGCGCCGAACUCCCUUCUCCCCGCACCCCGGUGCGGCCGCCCCCGCAAACAGUCCACCCGCCGAGAGCGGACGGUGCUCCGUGCCGAGCUUCCCGGUGGCGCAGCCUUCGCUGGCGGGCGGCCCGAGAGCACCACCCGCUGCCGGCCCCGCUGCCAGCGCGGGGGGCGGCACACAAAGACCGCGCGUGCCGGCCGGGCGGGGGCGGGGCCGGGCCGGGGCCGGGCGUGUGCCGGUCCGGGCUCAGGUGCGGCCGCGCCGCCGCCGCCGCCUCUGAUUGGCCCGUCCCGCCGCCGCCGGCCCGAACAAUGGCCUCGGCCCGCUUAAAGGCGGCAGCGGCUGCGCCGCGGGCAGAGCUAGGAGCGUCCGUCGUAGCUGCCGCCGGCCCGGAGCCGGCGCGAAGAUGCCCCGGGGCUUCCUGGUGAAGCGCAGCCGGCGGCCCACCCCCGUGUCCUACCGGGUGCGCUGCUGCCGCGAGGCCGUCGCCGGCCCGCCGCUCCCCUCCGGCGCCGCCCAGCCGCCCGCCUGCCCCGCCGCUCCGCCGCCCCUGCCGCGGGACUCACCGCCGCCGGUGCCAUUCGGGACGCCCGAUGCCGCCGUGCAGGCGCUGUAUAGCCCCACGCGGCCCGUCAGCAGGGACAAAUACCUGGAGCGCGGCUUCAGCCUGGGCUCGCCCGUCUCAGCCGAGUCCUUCCCCGCGCCGGCCGUUCCCGGCACCAUGGACCCGAUCCUCUUCGCCCCGGCUGACCUCAAGCUCUGGGCCGCUGCUGGCCACGCCGAGCCGCCCGGCGCCCACCCCGGCCCCGGUGGGGUCCCCGCCCCGGCCGCGCCGCCUGCCUCGGGCCGCCCGCUGCCCGCCAAGCGCCCGCCGGGUGCCUCCGAACCUGGGAGGCAGAAGGCCCAGUCGGGCAAGAAGACGAAGGCGAUCCGCAAGCUGACCUUUGAGGACGAAGUGACCACCUCGCCCGUGCUGGGGCUGCGCAUCAAGGAGGGCCCGGUGGAGGUGCCGGCCAAGGCACGAGGUGGCUGCGCCCGUCCGCUGGGCGAGUUCAUCUGCCAGCUCUGUAAGGAGGAGUACGGGGACCCCUUCGCGCUGGCGCAGCACCGCUGCUCCCGCAUCGUUCGGGUGGAGUACCGCUGCCCCGAGUGCGACAAGGUCUUUUCCUGCCCCGCCAACCUCGCCUCCCACCGCCGCUGGCACAAACCCCGUCCACCCGCCACCAAGAGCGGCCCCGAGGCGGGCCGGGCACCGGCCGCGGGCCCAGGCCCGGUCCCGGCGGAGGAGACAACGAAGGAGGCGAGCGGUGGCAGUGGCAGCGAGCGGGACACACCGAGCCCUGGCGGAGCCUCGGAGGCGGGCUCCGAGGAGGGGCUCUUCGAGUGUCCCCGCUGCGCCAAGCGGUUCCGCCGGCAAGCCUACCUGCGCAAGCACCUGUUGGGGCACGCUACACCGACAUCCACGCCAGUCCCGGUGCCCGCACCAGCCCCGGAGCCCAGCGCCGAGGAGCUGCCUGCCGCCGAGUGCCGCCUCUGCCCCGUCUGCGGGGAGACAUUCCCCAGCAAGAGCAGCCAGGAGCGGCACCUGCGCCUCCUGCACGCCGCCCAGGUCUUCCCCUGCAAGUACUGCCCGGCCACCUUCUAUAGCUCUCCCGGUCUCACCCGGCACAUCAACAAGUGCCAUCCCUCAGAGAACCGGCAGGUCAUCCUGCUCCAGGUGCCUCUGCGCCCUGCCUGCUGAGCCGCCCGUGCCUUCCCCGCCGCCCCGCGCUGCUCCCCCGGGGCCGCCACACGAUUAGCUUUAAUACAGCUUGUGACCUGCUGGAAUCUGGCUUUACACUUACCUUCCCCGGGUCUCUCUCUUAUUUUUAAUUUUUUCUUACUUUAAUUUUUUUAAAAAAUUUUGUUCCUUUGCUCUGUUUUUAUUGAUGUGAACAGAUCAAACUGCUUGAGAGAAACAAGCGUUUACUUUAGUGUAGCCACAAAUGCCUUGACUCUGCUGUUGAUGGUCUCCAGAAAAUGCUGUAGAAACUGCCUUAACUGUGACAUGCCAACUUUCUGUUUCUGUUCGUUUGCCCUUACUAAGGUAGCUCAUGAGUUGUCUAUCUGUAUAUGUUGGUUUGAGUAAUUAUGUUAUUUAUUCGUUAUUUAUUUAUAUUAAUUAUGAAGAUUGAUAUUAUUUGAUUGCAGAUAUUCUAAUGUGCUUUUUUGUCUCCCCACCUGCCAUUUCACUGUGCGUUUUAGAAGAUCUUUUUUUCUUAAGGGAUCUGCUAAAAAGGUUUUAACUUUUAUACCUAGAAUAACACAUGAUCUUAACCAUUUUAUCCUGUGCAACCAACAGCUCUUAAUUUUAGAUGCAAUCUCUUUUUCUACACACAUUAUUUUCUUAACUGUUAGCUAUUUAUAGAGUGCUUCAAUAGAACUGUUUCAACUGUAUAAUUAUUUACUAUUCAAAAUAAAAUAUUUUCAAAUUCAA